UGUGACAUGUGUGACUGCAGCAGGGUCAGGCAGAGAGUGCCUAUCUGGUGACUGCAAUGCUGUGGAAGAUCACAAGCAGGGCCCUCCGCCUCUGGAAACCCCCACCCCUCCACCACCAUGCCCUGAGGCCAGUGUCCCUGUCUGUGUACCCCCAGGCUGGGCUAGCAGAUGAGAGGUUACAGAUCAAAGUGCAGGGGCUCAGUCCCAGACAGCAGGUGACUCUCAGAGCCCUGGUAGUGGAUGACCAGGACUGCCUCUUUGACUCCUGUGCCCACUAUGAAGCUGAUAACUCAGGCCUCAUUGAUUUGGAGAGGGACCCCUCCCAUGGGGGUGAUUAUAGUGGGGUGCUGCCCAUGGGCCCCCUGUGGAGUCUGUCCCCCUCUGUCAUGGAGAAACCUUACAAACGACUAGAGAAGAAAGAUGUUCAGAAGCUGCCUAUGGUCCUGGAGCUGUUAGUCCACAAGGGGCAUUUAAAUCCCACUGCUAUACCUGGAGAGGUGACUGCUAGAGUGAAAGUUCACAGAUUGUUUUGUGGCCCUGGAGUGAGAAGGAUCAGGCUGAGAGAGGGCAUGGUGAGAGGCACUUUGUUUUUACCCCCAGGUAAUUACUUACAGUGAAUGUAAUCUCCUCCAUUCGCAUGCAGUUUGCAUUUAAAAUAGCACAAAAUUCCAUACUUUUUCUAUAGUCCGCUUCCUCCUCUUCUAACAUUGACCCUUGAAAUGUAUGAGUGGAUGCCAUGGGCCGCCAUGAGCCUUGUGAAUCCCCUGUGUCCCAUUCGGUUGGUGUGUGGUUAUUCUGUAACAUUUCAGAGGGUAAAAUGAUGAAACUAGUCUUCUGUGAAAGGCUGCAAAGGCGAGUUUCCUUGAAUACUCCAUUUGUUCAUAUAUGAUCUGAUCCAUAUAUUGUCUGGCGCAGGAAAUACAGAGACAGCUCAAUCAUAUACAGGUCACCAAGUAUUGCUAUGGCUUCUUGGGUCCAACACCUAGACAUUAGAGAAUGUAGUUAAAAAUAACAAGAGGUAUUGGUGGUGGGGGGCGGGGGGAAAGUAUAAAAGAAAAACAAGACGCAUUGGAAAGAGGAUAAGGCUGAUAGAUUUUAGAACUAGCAGAGGUGCCGCAUUGUGUACCAGUAGAUCACAGUUGCAAAGUGUUUUAUUUUAUUUUUUUCCCCGGAUGUCUACUGGUGCUGCUUGUAUCUGAAUAUAAAUGUUAUUCUAAUGUUAUUUAUGCCAUCACAUUCAGCAGCAAUGUACAAUUUAUGUAGGUGUACAUAUUGCUAUGGCAGAAGUUGAUUUCUCGACUAAGGAGCUUACAAUCUAGUACAGUAACACCUCUGUGUAAAGUAUCAAGCAAGAAUGGGAGCUAAUGGAAGUCUUCUUCAUAACCUUGCCUAUCAGUGUGCGUACUAAUGGAAGCAGCUGUGAUUAUUCUAAAUGUUAUUAUUUCAGUAUAUAAUUUUACAUUUCAUUGUUUUUCAUUCUCUGACUGUUUAUAAACUAACCAUAGAAUGCUCGUUAUCAGUUUGAGUUGUUGAUGGCCUCUGUUCUCACACUUAGGUGAGGGACCAUUCCCUGGCGUGAUUGAUAUGUUUGGGGAUGAUGGUGGACUAGUGGAAUAUCGCUCCAGUUUGCUGGCCAGCCGAGGGUUUGCUGCUUUGGCUCUGCCGUAUGUGGCUUUCGAAGACCUGCCACCAGCGAUGACCGAAUUUCACAUGGAUUACUUUGAACAAGCUGCAGAUUUUCUGGCUCGACAUCCCAAGGUAAACCUGAGUAGAAAAGACGGGAAUACAAAGUGGGCCAUUUCUAUAAACUAAACCAGCAGGUCCGGUGAAAAAGAAUCAGAGAAGAUAGUACCAGUCUAUCCUGGGUAUGAGCCCUGUAGAUUAGACAACUACAAAAUAUUGGAACACUAGGUUCCAAAAAACUGGUAAAUGUUGCAUACAGCAUAAAAUAAAGUAUGAAAUAGUGUACGGGGGUAGCUAAGGGAGAACUAAGCCUAAAAUCAGUAAAUGUGUAUCUAAUCAGGCUUCAUUGAUUUGUGUCUCAGAUACACUGUAACUGAAAUAUACAAAAUAAGAAAUCGCCGAUAAGAGGGAAGGAAUCUCAGAGAACAGUGGUAAUGGUGGAAACUGGUUCUAAUAUUGCAGGAAGUAAUCAUAUGGCCAGAGGUAAUAAGGUUCUAGUGCUGCAUCUAUCUUCACUUGUACACCCUGGCUACCAUGGCUACAAGGUAAAUAAAAAGCUACUAUGCAGCUAGCCAAUACCUCGGCUGUUCUAAGGAAAACAGCCUACUACCAGCACAGGGCAGAAAAUGGAUACCUGCAAUAAAGCAUUAUACCUCAGUUGCUGUGCUAAGUCUGCAACUUACCAAUACCAAAGAACCGUCCCCCUUGCAGAAUAGCUACCCCAGAACCUAAGAGAGCAGCGGUGAUGGUGGUAACUGGUUCUUAUAUUGUAGGAAAUCAUCAUAUGGCCAAAGGUAACACGGUACUAGUUCUGUAUCUGUUUCCACUUGUACGCCCUUAGUAAAAGGUAAAGUUACAAUGACCCAAAGGAGAAUAUAAAUAGGGACAGCUCGCUAAUACCUCUGGUGACCCAGUCGGCUAGACGACUUGGUCAGAACAUCUCCAAAACACAUUUUGUGGGGGUGUUCCUGCUAUGCUGUGGUUAGUACCUACCAAAAGUGGUGCAAGGAAAGUAGUGAAUUGGCGUCAGGUUCAUGGGCACCCUAGGCUCAUUGAUGCACACGGGCAGCAAUAGCUGGCACGUUCUAUAUUAUAGGUCUCUGGGUCAGUGCACCGAUCUGACGAUGUAACUCCAAGACUGGCUCAUUGUGCAAAUACCUGGGCAAACAGUGCAAUCCAUCCCACUAAGAUGACUUUCACGGCCUGGAGAAGGAGUCAGCAGGCACUGGGUCUUACUCCCAACAGCUAGGGGGUUAUGGCACACAAUAGCUGGAACCUGUGAGUCAGGUGCUUAAUGUGGCUAUUUGUGAGCUCCCAGUGAAAACUCAAUCAGCCACAGUUAGCUACUUUGAUCUAGGGCUUCAUUCAGAUCUAUUUCAUGAUCGGUUUUCCGUAGUAGCUGCACAGCUGUGAUAUAGGAAAGAACCUGUUAGAGGUUAGAACAUAACAUGCAAGUGUUUGUAGAGGCAGCAUUUGUUUCCCUGUGUUUAUAGAAGAAGGAAUGAAAACAUUUAGCUGCAGUGACUCUUCUUUGCACUUAUCAGCUGGUUGAAGAAGCGUAGGUGGUUAUGGUGCUUAGUGCUUGCCCUCUAAUUCAUUUAAAAAAUAGAGAAGGGGUGGCUUCUGCAGUCUGAUCUUUCCCCGACUUGUCACUCUGUAACUUGGCCAGAGUCUGUUCCUAUAAAUAUCUUGGUGUGUAGUUAAUAUCUCAACCUUUCAUUUUAUUUACAUACUGAAAUGAAUCAACCAGACUUUAACCCAGGAAGGUCAACAAUCUAUAUAAUCUAUUAUGCAGUUUUGUCCAUCUAUGUAACCACAUUUAAUAAAGUUUUAAUAUGUCUAACGACAUAGAUUGCCUGUCUAACUGUUGUAAAUAGCCAUAACCACCUCCUUUCUUCUUUGGAUAUUAAAGGGUUGCUGUAGACCUAAAAACAACAUUCGCUUAAUGAAGCAGGUUUGGUGUAUAGAACAGUGUGAGAUAAUGCUAAACUAACCAAUCAUAGCUCUCUGACAGCCAAGUCUCACUCUCGAGACUUGGCGGUCAAAGCACUCUGGUUGGUUUACUAGCCAACCAAUCAGAGAGAUCUUGAUCAAAUUGCAGUGUGGUAAACCCGCAGGCAUGGGCUGGGGGACAAGGAUAGUUUAGAUUUUUUGUAAUCCAGACCUGGAGUUGAAGUCUCUGAACCAGGAUUUAAAUGGGCACUAUAGUCACCAAAACAACUGUAGCUUAUUGUAUUUGUCCUGGUGAGUAGAAUCAUUCCCUUCAGGCUUUUUGCUGUAAACUGUCUUUUCAGAGAAAAUGCAAAGUUUACAUUACAGCCUAGUGUUAACUUCACUGGCUACUAGAGGUGCUUCCUGGGGCAGUGCUGCACAGUGUGACUGCCAUUCAGUGUCUCCACCCUCUGCAUGGAGACACUGAGCUUUCCUCACCGAGAUGCAUUGAUUCAAUACAUCCCUAUGAUGAGAUGUUUAUUGGCCAGGGCUGUAUUUGGCUUGUGCUGGCUCUCCCCCUGAUCUGCCUCCUUGACAGUCUCGGCCAAUACUAAGGGAAAGCAUUGUGAUUGGCUCAGAGAAUCACUUCUGAUGAUGUCAGCCAAGCAGGCAGAUCAGGGGCAGUAAGUCAAGUUUUACUAUAAAAGUAAUUCAAGUUUUACUAUAUUUACUAUUUACUUUUACUACUAGUAUAUGCUCUAUACUGAUGUAUAUGUAGAGGUUAUGGUGUAAGUGCUGUAGUAGCAGAACUCACACCCUACUAGUAUAUGCUCUAUACUGAUGUAUAUGUAGAGGUUAUGGUGUGAGUACUAUAGUAGCAGUACGCACACCCUACUAGUAUAUGCUCUAUACUGAUGUAUAUGCAGAGGUUAUGGUGUGAGUUCUAUAGUAGCAGUACGCACACCCUACUAGUAUAUGCUCUAUACUGAUGUAUAUGUAGAGGUUAUGGUGUGAGUACUAUAGUAGCAGUACGCACACCCUACUAGUAUAUGCUCUAUACUGAUGUAUAUGCAGAGGUUAUGGUGUGAGUUCUAUAGUAGCAGUACUCACACCCUACUAGUAUAUGCUCUAUACUGAUGUAUAUGUAGAGGUUAUGGUGUGAGUGCUAUAGUAGCAGAACUCACACCCUACUAGUAUAUGCUCUAUACUGAUGUAUAUGUAGAGGUUAUAGUGUAAGUGCUGUAGUAGCAGAACUCACACCCUACUAGUAUAUGCUCUAUACUGAUGUAUAUGUAGAGGUUAUGGUGUGAGUACUAUAGUAGCAGUACGCACACCCUACUAGUAUAUGCUCUAUACUGAUGUAUAUGCAGAGGUUAUGGUGUGAGUUCUAUAGUAGCAGUACGCACACCCUACUAGUAUAUGCUCUAUACUGAUGUAUAUGUAGAGGUUAUGGUGUAAGUGCUGUAGUAGCAGAACUCACACCCUACUAGUAUAUGCUCUAUACUGAUGUAUAUGUAGAGGUUAUGGUGUGAGUACUAUAGUAGCAGUACGCACACCCUACUAGUAUAUGCUCUAUACUGAUGUAUAUGCAGAGGUUAUGGUGUGAGUUCUAUAGUAGCAGUACUCACACCCUACUAGUAUAUGCUCUAUACUGAUGUAUAUGUAGAGGUUAUGGUGUGAGUACUAUAGUAGCAGUACUCACACCCUACUAGUAUAUGCUCUAUACUGAUGUAUAUGUAGAGGUUAUGGUGUGAGUGCUAUAGUAGCAGAACUCACACCCUACUAGUAUAUGCUCUAUACUGAUGUAUAUGUAGAGGUUAUGGUGUAAGUGCUGUAGUAGCAGAACUCACACCCUACUAGUAUAUGCUCUAUACUGAUGUAUAUGUAGAGGUUAUGGUGUGAGUACUAUAGUAGCAGUACGCACACCCUACUAGUAUAUGCUCUAUACUGAUGUAUAUGCAGAGGUUAUGGUGUGAGUUCUAUAGUAGCAGUACGCACACCCUACUAGUAUAUGCUCUAUACUGAUGUAUAUGUAGAGGUUAUGGUGUAAGUACUAUGGUAGCAGUACGCACACCCUACUAGUAUAUGCUCUAUACUGAUGUAUAUGCAGAGGUUAUGGUGUGAGUUCUAUAGUAGCAGUACUCACACCCUACUAGUAUAUGCUCUAUACUGAUGUAUAUGUAGAGGUUAUGGUGUGAGUACUAUAGUAGCAGUACUCACACCCUACUAGUAUAUGCUCUAUACUGAUGUAUAUGUAGAGGUUAUGGUGUGAGUGCUAUAGUAGCAGAACUCACACCCUACUAGUAUAUGCUCUAUACUGAUGUAUAUGUAGAGGUUAUGGUGUAAGUGCUGUAGUAGCAGAACUCACACCCUACUAGUAUAUGCUCUAUACUGAUGUAUAUGUAGAGGUUAUGGUGUGAGUACUAUAGUAGCAGUACGCACACCCUACUAGUAUAUGCUCUAUACUGAUGUAUAUGCAGAGGUUAUGGUGUGAGUUCUAUAGUAGCAGUACGCACACCCUACUAGUAUAUGCUCUAUACUGAUGUAUAUGUAGAGGUUAUGGUGUGAGUACUAUAGUAGCAGUACGCACACCCUACUAGUAUAUGCUCUAUACUGAUGUAUAUGCAGAGGUUAUGGUGUGAGUUCUAUAGUAGCAGUACUCACACCCUACUAGUAUAUGCUCUAUACUGAUGUAUAUGCAGAGGUUAUGGUGUGAGUUCUAUAGUAGCAGUACGCACACCCUACUAGUAUAUGCUCUAUACUGAUGUAUAUGCAGAGGUUAUGGUGUGAGUUCUAUAGUAGCAGUACUCACACCCUACUAGUAUAUGCUCUAUACUGAUGUAUAUGUAGAGGUUAUGGUGUGCGUACUAUAGUAGCAGUACUCACACCCUACUAGUAUAUGCUCUGUACUGAUGUAUAUGCAGAGGUUAUGGUGUGCGUACCAUAGUAGCAGUACUUACACCCUACUUGUAUAUGCUCUAUACUGAUGUUAUGAAUUUUGGAAUGGCCUUUUCAUUUUAUGUUUUAUUUAAAAGUCUGCCAUCACAUGCGGAUACAUUACUGCUUACAUUUUCCUAACUACAUAAGUGUCACAUUUAAUUUUCACGUUAGAAUUUUGGCUUAAGGCAACCUUUGUAACUAUCCAAGUGACUUGUUUGUGAAGCACUGUAGUUGAUGCCUCCAUUUCUGUGAUUUGAUUUAUUUAAAGGUUCGUGGACCUGGUGUUGCUGUGAUUGGAACUGGGAAAGGGGCAGACCUUGCUCUCUCUAUGAUCACCUUCCUACCACAAGUCGUGGCUGCUGUUUCCAUCUCCGGAUGCUGUGCCAACACUGCCGCCAGCUUGCGCUUCAGAAACUUCACCAUGCCGGCUUUACAAUACAACAUGAACAGAGUCAAAAUAUUAGAUUCUGCUGUCUUUGACGUGUUUGAAGCCUUAGAUGAUCCACUGAAUCCAAGCAACAGUCAGUGCCUCAUCCCAGUAGAGAAGGCAGAUGGACACUUCUUAUUUAUCGUUGGAGAAGACGAUUGUAACUGGAAAAGCUCUGUCUAUGCCAAGGCACUUGCACAUCGCUUGCAAGAAAACGACAAAGAGAAUUUUACCCUGUUAACUUAUCCUGGAGCUGGGCACCGGAUAGACCCUCCAUGUUCUCCAUUUUGUUAUACCACUAUCGAUAGAGUUCUCGGAGUACCCAUCGUUGGAGGAGGACAACUAGAGGCACACUGCCGCGCACAGGAAGAUUCAUGGGUGAAAAUACAGGAUUUCCUUAAUUUACACUUAAAAUGAUAAGAGAUCAGGAUAUGACUUAACCGGUAUUGAUGUUCCAAUGCCAUGGCUAACUGCUUGUAUUAUCAGGUAUCAGAGAUUCUUUGCUGGGUAUCUCUUUGUCUUCCAAAGUCAGUAUAUAUUUUUUAUGAAACGAUGAGGCAAAAUGGAGUAAGAAUUGCGAUUGGUUAAUAUUUGCCAGGUGUAUAAAUCUUAUUUUUAUAUCUUUGUUUAAAAAAAAAAAUGUUUUAACUAAUCAUCAACACUUUGUAAUGUCUGUAAAAUAAUUAUUGAUUGGCAAGAACUCUCUGUACUUUCAGAUGGGAAAAUACUGACAAUUCUGAAACUUUGGUUUUAUUUCAAUGUUCUUUAAUGUGAGUUGUGAAUAUAGCUUUCAUGGCAGUGUCUGUUUUGUGUACCUGGUCUAAAAUGAUGUGAUAGAGUUUAUUACGAACUCAAAAGUUUGCGCUAUUGUGUUAAAGAUUUUUAUGCUAUUGGUGAUGGGUGCCGUUUAGUGUAUCUGUCUUCUAAGUCACUUCCCUCCCCCUCCCUUCUUUUAGUAACGUUACACCCUGUGAAUAGACUGCGCAGAUCACCGCCUGGUAUUCCACAGUACUUUACCAUAGUGGCAAAUGAUUAUAGCGGCGCAUGGAGAUAUGAUACUCAUCAAACCAUUAACUAAUAGAAACAUAGAAUGUGACGGCAGAUAAGAACUAUUCGGCCCAUCUAGUCUGCCCAAUUUUCUAAAUACUUUCAUUAGUCCCUGGCCUUAUCUUAUAGUUAGGAUAGCCUUAUGCCUAUCACACACAUGCUUAAAGGACCACUAUAGGCACCCAGACCACUUCAGCUUAAUGAAGUGGUCUGGGUGCCUGGUCCAGCUAGGGUUAACCCUUUUUUUUUUUUUUUUAAUAAACAUAGCAGUUUCAGUCUCUCUUUUUGGACAGUCAUCAGAGGAGCAGAGUCUACAGACUUAAACUUCCCUAGUUGCCCUGUCUCCUGGAACAGUUAUUGGCUUGAGCACGCCAGCGGAGUAGUGUCUACAGACUUACUUUUCCCUAGUUGCCCUGUGGAGGACAUGAUUGCCUUCUCCAGUCCCACUAAUGUGGCAGUCAUCCUACUGCCCCCUCUUCCUGGCAUAUAGCAUCUCCAAAACCUUGUGCCUGCUGCUUUAUGCUACUACCUCCCAGCUCUCCCAUAUCCUCACUGUCUCCACAUGGUGGUUGAUACCUGCCCAACAUUGGGUGCCCGCUGAAUGCCUCGUGUGCUCUCCUAUCUGAGCUCUUAUUAAGGCAUGCACCACUCUAGACAUCAGUGGUUGCCUUAAUAAGAUUACAGUGUGUCCCCCAGCUGGUGUCCUGAGACUCUACAAUAUGGCAGACACCUCUCCAAAAUCUAUGGUUCUGCCUUAGUAAAUCAUACUUCCUCCUACUAUCCCCCGUUAGAAUUCUUUCUUUUAUUAGACAUAAACACGAAGAUGAGCCCUGGACAUACGUACCGGUAUGUAAAAUAUUUUAAUUUAAAACUUUGUAGCCUCUUCUAACUUAAAUAUAAUGUAUAGAUUUCAAUUAAUUACACUUUUACUUCUAUUUGUGAGUUGCCUGUAAUGUAAAUGUAAUCCUAUGGUGACAUCUUGUGGCUUAUUUUUUUAUUACAUCUAGCCUCAAAAUUAAAUGUGUCUUUCUUUAUUACUGGAAUUUAUAAAGCGCCUACAUAUUCCGCAGUGCUGUACAAUAAGGGGGCAGUGUCAUGUUCCAGGGUCAUGUUUGCAACCACAACAACUUAAAAUGUCACAAGUCUUCCCUAGGCCCUCAGCCUAUCAACGCCUUCCAAAAUUUACACCUCUGUUAACGAAGCUGCAGCGGGUGAUUGACUGUAUCCAUGUACUCGUGUUAAUUGAUGCUGCGCUGGCUGAUGAACAUUUGAAAGCAGGAUACUAAUGUUGCAGCUCACCCACAUCAAUACACAUACAAGGUUUACCCACUUUCUGCCCACAGCCCUCACCUUGGGAAUAUGGGGUAAAAAGGGGAAGAUGCUUGUUCUAAUCGAUAUACCUAGAGAAUGGUGGAAUGAAAAUCUGGAUCUCUAAACAGGAAGAAGCGCUUGUGGUCCUAAACUGAUUUUUAUUUAAACCAGGGUUUGAUACAUUUGCUUGGAAUCUAGGAAUCAGCUAAAAAAAUUUAGGAGCCAGUAUUUUUAACUAACAAAGCUUCAUUUUCAGCGACAAAAAUACAAUUCUUAAAGGUAGUCUGUAGUCACCAGAACCACAGCUGCUUAAAUUAGUGGCCUUAUUUCUAUUAUAAUAUACUGUAAUAUUCCCGCUAUAGCUGGCCUUAUUUCUAUUAUAAUAUAAUGUAAUAUUCCCACUAUAGCUGGCCUUAUUUCUAUUAUAAUAUACUGUAAUAUUCCCACUAUAGCUGGCCUUAUUUCUAUUAUAAUAUAAUGUAAUAUUCCCACUAUAGCUGGCCUUAUUUCUAUUAUAAUAUACUGUAAUAUUCCCACUAUAGCUGGCCUUAUUUCUGCUAUUAUAUAAUGUAAUAUUCCCACUAUAGCUGGCCUUAUUUCUGCUAUAAUAUAAUGUAAUAUUCCCGCUAUAGCUGGCCUUAUUUCUAUUAUAAUAUAAUGUAAUAUUCCCGUUAUAGCUGGCCUUAUUUCUAUUAUAAUAUAAUGUAAUAUUCCCGCUAUAGCUGGCCUUAUUUCUAUUAUAAUAUAAUGUAAUAUUCCCACUAUAGCUGGCCUUAUUUCUAUUAUAAUAUACUGUAAUAUUCCCACUAUAGCUGGCCUUAUUUCUGCUAUAAUAUAAUGUAAUAUUCCCACUAUAGCUGGCCUUAUUUCUAUUAUAAUAUACUGUAAUAUUCCCACUAUAGCUGGUCUUAUUUCUAUUAUAAUAUAAUGUAAUAUUCCCACUAUAGCUGGCCUUAUUUCUAUUAUAAUAUACUGUAAUAUUCCCACUAUAGCUGGCCUUAUUUCUAUUAUAAUAUACUGUAAUAUUCCCACUAUAGCUGGCCUUAUUUCUGCUAUUAUAUAAUGUAAUAUUCCCACUAUAGCUGGCCUUAUUUCUAUUAUAAUAUACUGUAAUAUUCCCACUAUAGCUGGUCUUAUUUCUGCUAUUAUAUAAUGUAAUAUUCCCACUAUAGCUGGCCUUAUUUCUAUUAUAAUAUACUGUAAUAUUCCCACUAUAGCUGGUCUUAUUUCUAUUAUAAUAUAAUGUAAUAUUCCCACUAUAGCUGGCCUUAUUUCUAUUAUAAUAUAAUGUAAUAUUCCCGCUAUAGCUGGCCUUAUUUCUAUUAUAAUAUAAUGUAAUAUUAAUAUAAUGUAAUAUUCCCGCUAUAGCUGGCCUUAUUUCUAUUAUAAUAUAAUGUAAUAUUUCCGCUAUAGCUGCCCUUAUUUCUAUUAUAAUAUAAUGUAAUAUUCCCGCUAUAGCUGGCCUUAUUUCUAUUAUAAUAUAAUGUAAUAUUCCCACUAUAGCUGGCCUUAUUUCUAUUAUAAUAUACUGUAAUAUUCCCACUAUAGCUGGUCUUAUUUCUAUUAUAAUAUAAUGUAAUAUUCCCACUAUAGCUGGCCUUAUUUCUAUUAUAAUAUACUGUAAUAUUCCCGUUAUAGCUGGCCUUAUUUCUAUUAUAAUAUAAUGUAAUAUUCCCACUAUAGCUGGCCUUAUUUCUAUUAUAAUAUACUGUAAUAUUCCCACUAUAGCUGGUCUUAUUUCUAUUAUAAUAUAAUGUAAUAUUCCCACUAUAGCUGGUCUUAUUUCUAUUAUAAUAUACUGUAAUAUACUGUAAUAUUCCCACUAUAGCUGGCCUUAUUUCUAUUAUAAUAUACUGUAAUAUUCCCACUAUAGCUGGUCUUAUUUCUAUUAUAAUAUAAUGUAAUAUUCCCACUAUAGCUGGCCUUAUUUCUAUUAUAAUAUAAUGUAAUAUUCCCGCUAUAGCUGGCCUUAUUUCUAUUAUAAUAUAAUGUAAUAUUAAUAUAAUGUAAUAUUCCCGCUAUAGCUGGCCUUAUUUCUAUUAUAAUAUAAUGUAAUAUUUCCGCUAUAGCUGCCCUUAUUUCUAUUAUAAUAUAAUGUAAUAUUCCCGCUAUAGCUGGCCUUAUUUCUAUUAUAAUAUAAUGUAAUAUUCCCACUAUAGCUGGCCUUAUUUCUAUUAUAAUAUACUGUAAUAUUCCCACUAUAGCUGGCCUUAUUUCUGCUAUAAUAUAAUGUAAUAUUCCCACUAUAGCUGGCCUUAUUUCUAUUAUAAUAUACUGUAAUAUUCCCACUAUAGCUGGUCUUAUUUCUAUUAUAAUAUAAUGUAAUAUUCCCACUAUAGCUGGCCUUAUUUCUAUUAUAAUAUACUGUAAUAUUCCCGCUAUAGCUGGCCUUAUUUCUAUUAUAAUAUAAUGUAAUAUUCCCACUAUAGCUGGCCUUAUUUCUAUUAUAAUAUACUGUAAUAUUCCCACUAUAGCUGGUCUUAUUUCUAUUAUAAUAUAAUGUAAUAUUCCCACUAUAGCUGGUCUUAUUUCUAUUAUAAUAUACUGUAAUAUUCCCACUAUAGCUGGCCUUAUUUCUAUUAUAAUAUACUGUAAUAUUCCCACUAUAGCUGGUCUUAUUUCUAUUAUAAUAUAAUGUAAUAUUCCCACUAUAGCUGGCCUUAUUUCUAUUAUAAUAUAAUGUAAUAUUCCCGCUAUAGCUGGCCUUAUUUCUAUUAUAAUAUAAUGUAAUAUUAAUAUAAUGUAAUAUUCCCGCUAUAGCUGCCCUUAUUUCUAUUAUAAUAUACUGUAAUAUUCCCACUAUAGCUGGCCUUAUUUCUAUUAUAAUAUAAUGUAAUAUUCCCACUAUAGCUGGCCUUAUUUCUAUUAUAAUAUAAUGUAAUAUUCCCGCUAUAGCUGUGUAUUUCAUUAUAUAAUGCUAAUAUUAAUAUAAUGUAAUAUUCAGCUAUAGCUGUAUAUUUCUAUUAUAAUAUAAUGUAAUAUUCCUUUAUAUUUGUACUUGUUUCUGCUAUAAUAUAAUGUAAUAUUCCUUUAUAGUUUGCUUGUAUUUCUAUUAUAAUGUAAUGUAAUAUUCGCUAUGGCUGGCCUUGUUUCUAUUAUAAUGUAAUGUAAUAUUCGGUUAUAGCUGGCCUUAUUUCAUAUUAUAAUAUAAUGUAAUAUUCCUCAUAGCUGUAUAUUUCUAUUAUAAUAUAAUGUAAUAUCAUAUAGCUGGCCUUAUUUCUAAUUCUGUAUAAUGUAUUAUCAUAUAGCUGGCCUUAUUUCUAUUAUAAUAUAAUGUAAUAUUCCCACUAUAGCUGGCCUUAUUUCUAUUAUAAUAUAAUGUAAUAUUCCCACUAUAGCUGGCCUUAUUUCUAUUAUAAUAUAAUGUAAUAUUCCCGCUAUAGCUGGCCUUAUUUCUUUUAUAAUAUAAUGUAAUAUUAAUAUAAUGUAAUAUUCCCGCUAUAGCUGCCCUUAUUUCUAUUAUAAUAUACUGUAAUAUUCCCACUAUAGCUGGCCUUAUUUCUAUUAUAAUAUAAUGUAAUAUUCCCACUAUAGCUGGCCUUAUUUCUAUUAUAAUAUAAUGUAAUAUUCCCGCUAUAGCUGGCCUUAUUUCUAUUAUAAUAUAAUGUAAUAUUAAUAUAAUGUAAUAUUCCCGCUAUAGCUGGCCUUAUUUCUAUUAUAAUAUAAUGUAAUAUUCCCGCUAUAGCUGGCCUUAUUUCUGCUAUAAUAUAAUGUAAUAUUCCCGCUAUAGUUUGCCUUAUUUCUAUUAUAAUAUAAUGUAAUAUUCCCGCUAUAGCUGGCCUUAUUUCUAUUAUAAUGUAAUGUAAUAUUCCCGUUAUAGCUGGCCUUAUUUCUAUUAUAAUAUAAUGUAAUAUUCCCUCUAUAGCUGCCCUUAUUUCUAUUAUAAUAUAAUGUAAUAUCCCCGCUAUAGCUGGCCUUAUUUCUAUUCUAAUAUAAUGUAAUAUCCCCGCUAUAGCUGGCCUUAUUUCUAUUAUAAUAUAAUGUAAUAUUCCCACUAUAGCUGGCCUUAUUUCUAUUAUAAUAUAAUGUAAUAUCCCCGCUAUAGCUGGCCUUAUUUCUAUUAUAAUAUAAUGUAAUAUUCCCGUUAUAGCUGGCCUUAUUUCUAUUAUAAUAUAAUGUAAUAUUCCCUCUAUAGCUGCCCUUAUUUCUAUUAUAAUAUACUGUAAUAUCCCCGCUAUAGCUGGUCUUAUUUCUAUUAUAAUAUAAUGUAAUAUUCCCGUUAUAGCUGGCCUUAUUUCUAUUAUAAUAUACUGUAAUAUCCCCGCUAUAGCUGGUCUUAUUUCUAUUAUAAUAUAAUGUAAUAUUCCCGCUAUAGCUGGUCUUAUUUCUAUUAUAAUAUAAUGUAAUAUUCCCACUAUAGCUGGCCUUAUUUCUAUUAUAAUAUACUGUAAUAUUCCCGCUAUAGCUGGCCUUAUCUCUAUUAUAAUAUAAUGUAAUAUUCCCGCUAUAGCUGGCCUUAUUUCUAUUAUAAUAUAAUGUAAUAUUAAUAUAAUGUAAUAUUCCCGCUAUAGCUGGCCUUAUUUCUAUUAUAAUAUAAUGUAAUAUUUCCGCUAUAGCUGCCCUUAUUUCUAUUAUAAUAUAAUGUAAUAUUCCCGCUAUAGCUGGCCUUAUUUCUAUUAUAAUAUAAUGUAAUAUUCCCACUAUAGCUGGCCUUAUUUCUAUUAUAAUAUACUGUAAUAUUCCCACUAUAGCUGGCCUUAUUUCUGCUAUAAUAUAAUGUAAUAUUCCCACUAUAGCUGGCCUUAUUUCUAUUAUAAUAUACUGUAAUAUUCCCACUAUAGCUGGUCUUAUUUCUAUUAUAAUAUAAUGUAAUAUUCCCACUAUAGCUGGCCUUAUUUCUAUUAUAAUAUACUGUAAUAUUCCCGUUAUAGCUGGCCUUAUUUCUAUUAUAAUAUAAUGUAAUAUUCCCACUAUAGCUGGCCUUAUUUCUAUUAUAAUAUACUGUAAUAUUCCCACUAUAGCUGGUCUUAUUUCUAUUAUAAUAUAAUGUAAUAUUCCCAUUAUAGCUGGUCUUAUUUCUAUUAUAAUAUACUGUAAUAUUCCUCUACUAUAGCUACUUGGUUUCUAUUAUAAUAUAUACUGUGUAAUAUCUCUACCUAUAGUUGGUCUUAUUUCAUAUAUAAUAUAAUGUAAUAUUCUAGCUAUAGUUGGCCUACUUGCUUAUAUUAUAAUGUAAUAUUCCCCAUGCAUAGCUGCCUAUUUCUAUUAUAAUAUAAAUGUAAUAUUAAUAUAAUGUAAUAUUCCCGCUAUAGCUUUCGCUCUUAUUUCUUGGCUAUAAUAUACUAGAAUAUUCUACUAUAGCUGGCCUUAUUUCUAUUAUAAUAUAAAUGUAAUAUUCUACUAUAGUUGGCCUUAUUUUCUAUUAUAAUAUACUGUAAUAUUCUCGCUAUAGCUGGCCUUAUUUCUAUUAUAAUAUAAUGUAAUAUUAAUAUAAUGUAAUAUUCCCACUAUAGCUGGCCUUAUUUCUAUUAUAAUAUAAUGUAAUAUUCCCACUAUAGCUGGCCUUAUUUCUAUUAUAAUAUAAUGUAAUAUUCCCGCUAUAGCUGGCCUUAUUUCUAUUAUAAUAUAAUGUAAUAUUAAUAUAAUGUAAUAUUCCCGCUAUAGCUGGCCUUAUUUCUAUUAUAAUAUAAUGUAAUAUUCCCGCUAUAGCUGGCCUUAUUUCUGCUAUAAUAUAAUGUAAUAUUCCCGCUAUAGUUUGCCUUAUUUCUAUUAUAAUAUAAUGUAAUAUUCCCGCUAUAGCUGGCCUUAUUUCUAUUAUAAUAUAAUGUAAUAUCCUCAAGUAUAGUUGGUUUUAUUUCUAUUAUAAUAUAAUGUAAUAUUCCCACUAUAGCUGGCCUUAUUUCUAUUAUAAUAUAAUGUAAUAUUCCCACUAUAGCUGGCCUUAUUUCUAUUAUAAUAUAAUGUAAUAUUCCCGCUAUAGCUGGCCUUAUUUCUUUUAUAAUAUAAUGUAAUAUUAAUAUAAUGUAAUAUUCCCGCUAUAGCUGCCCUUAUUUCUAUUAUAAUAUACUGUAAUAUUCCCACUAUAGCUGGCCUUAUUUCUAUUAUAAUAUAAUGUAAUAUUCCCACUAUAGCUGGCCUUAUUUCUAUUAUAAUAUAAUGUAAUAUUCCCGCUAUAGCUGGCCUUAUUUCUAUUAUAAUAUAAUGUAAUAUUAAUAUAAUGUAAUAUUCCCGCUAUAGCUGGCCUUAUUUCUAUUAUAAUAUAAUGUAAUAUUCCCGCUAUAGCUGGCCUUAUUUCUGCUAUAAUAUAAUGUAAUAUUCCCGCUAUAGUUUGCCUUAUUUCUAUUAUAAUAUAAUGUAAUAUUCCCGCUAUAGCUGGCCUUAUUUCUAUUAUAAUGUAAUGUAAUAUUCCCGUUAUAGCUGGCCUUAUUUCUAUUAUAAUAUAAUGUAAUAUUCCCUCUAUAGCUGCCCUUAUUUCUAUUAUAAUAUAAUGUAAUAUCCCCGCUAUAGCUGGCCUUAUUUCUAUUCUAAUAUAAUGUAAUAUCCCCGCUAUAGCUGGCCUUAUUUCUAUUAUAAUAUAAUGUAAUAUUCCCUCUAUAGCUGGCCUUAUUUCUAUUAUAAUAUAAUGUAAUAUUCCCACUAUAGCUGGCCUUAUUUCUAUUAUAAUAUAAUGUAAUAUCCCCGCUAUAGCUGGCCUUAUUUCUAUUCUAAUAUAAUGUAAUAUUCCCGUUAUAGCUGGCCUUAUUUCUAUUAUAAUAUAAUGUAAUAUUCCCUCUAUAGCUGCCCUUAUUUCUAUUAUAAUAUACUGUAAUAUCCCCGCUAUAGCUGGUCUUAUUUCUAUUAUAAUAUAAUGUAAUAUUCCCGUUAUAGCUGGCCUUAUUUCUAUUAUAAUAUAAUGUAAUAUUCCCACUAUAGCUGGCCUUAUUUCUAUUAUAAUAUACUGUAAUAUUCCCGCUAUAGCUGGCCUUAUCUCUAUUAUAAUAUAAUGUAAUAUUCCCACUAUAGCUGGCCUUAUUUCUAUUAUAAUAUACUGUAAUAUUCCCGCUAUAGCUGGCCUUAUCUCUAUUAUAAUAUAAUGUAAUGUAAUGUAAUAUUUCCUCUAUAUUGGAAUGUGUCUCAGAUCACGGUUUCGGCAAUCUGCUAGUAAGCCUAGGCUGUGAAAUUGUAAACACACGGGGUUUGUGGGUCUUGUCUAUCUCUCCCCCCGCACUCUAUGGUAACUUCCGUCUGACGUCAUCAUUCAGCGCAUGUGCCCGGAGGUCUGCCGUCUCCUAGCAACCAGAAUCUAAACCAGACCAACGCCAACAUGGUGAGUAUGUGUCGGCUGGGCGGGUGGUCGUGUUCUGGGUGUGAUGGCUGUUAGACCAGCUGCUUGUUUACCCGGGGUUAUGGUGGGUGCUGUGUUUACAGACAGGGUGGGGAGCUCUGAGUGCUCAUUGCUUUAUAUAAUAUAAUAUAAUGUUACUGGUAUAAGCCAUGGCUGACACCCCCCCUAAUACCCUGCCAGCUGGGUGACUAAUUAUGGCCAAUACAAUCCCAGUCUACAGCUUCUGGGGAAAGCCAUUUUAUUUUCGCCUUGCAUCAUGGGAUCUGUAGUCCAAAUAGUUGGGGGUUCCUGAGGUCAGUGGUCACAGAGUUAUUACAUAUAUGUAGCCAUGGCACACUCACCAGGGCUCAAUUUAUAUACGUCAGAGCUAAAUUAUUACUCACCAGAGGCUUGGGGUGAGUGGACAUUUUAAAUAAACCCUGAUAUAUUUAUUUAUUACUGGCAUUAAUGCAGCGCUCUAUAUACAUAUUAUAUAUAAAAUAUGGUUCAAAUGGACGGUCCACACUCAGGUUAAUAAUAAAAUGUAACUUUUAUUAAUUACAUUUAAAAAGAUGCCAUAAAAUGUCAUUUUUUGGCAUUGUUUAAAUUUAAUUAACAAAAGUUACAUUUUAUUAUUAUCGUGAGUGCGGACCAUCCAUUUGAACCCUGUAUCUUGAUGACCACGGCCCAGCACCCGGAUAAAAUAAGUAUAUAUUUGCAGCCUGCAGUGCAAGGAAAUGUUGGAAUAAAUAUAUAUUUAUAUGGAAUAAUUGACGACAGGCCACUGAAUUAUUAGAAAAAUAAUGCACACCCGAGGUGGUAAUGCGGACACGACGCGAAGCGGAGCGACCGUUACACCUCGGGUGUGCAUUAUUUUUUUCUUAUUCAACGGCCUGGAGUUAAUUGAGCCGCUUACACUACAGUUACCACACCUCGAAACAUUGUUCAGAUGAUGUAUUUCAAGACGUUUGUCAAGAUUUUGUCAUUAAAACGCUCUUGUAUGUAGGACUAAUUUUUUACGCAACUGUAAUGCAGUCAAGACCUGUCUGGAGCUACUUUAGCCAUGCGUCUCCCUGAAAAUAAUGCACACUUUAGAACGUUCGUCAACCAAUCAGAUUGAAGCAUUCAACGGCCCUGUAGUGUGUGUGUGUAUGUAUGUAUGUAUAUAAAUAAUAUGUAUGUGUAUACAAUAUAAGCAGACCAAUACAAAAGGAAAAGAGGGCUUAACUCAUGAGCCCCUUAUAGAAACAUAGAAUGUGACGGCAGAUAAGAACCAUUCGGCCCAUCUCGUCUGCCCAAUUUUCUAAAUACUUUCAUUAGUUCCUAGCCUUAUCUUAUAGUUAGGAUAGCCUUAUGCAUAUCCCACGCGUGCUUAAACUCUUUACUGUGUUAACCUCUACCACUUUAGUUGGAAGGCUAUUCCAUGCAUCCACUACCCUCUCAGUAAAGUAAUACUUCCUGAUAUUAUUUUUAAACCUUUGUCCCUCUAAUUUAAGACUAUGUCCUCUUGUUGUGGUAGUUUUUCUUCAUUUAAAUAUAGUCUCCUCCUUUACUGUGUUGAUUCCCUUUAUAUAUUUCAAUGUUUCUAUCAUAUCCACCUGUCUCGUCUUUCCUCCAAGCUAUACAUGUUAAGAUCCUUUAACCUUUCCUGGUAAGUUUUAUCCCGCAAUCCAUGAACCAUUUUAUUAGCCCUUCUCUGAGCCCUCUGUAAGGUAUCAAUAUCCUUCUGAAGAUACGGUCUCCAGUACUGUGUGCAAUACUCCAAGUGAGGUCUCACCAGUGUUCUGUACAAUGGCAUGAGCACUUCCCUCUUUCUACUGCUAAUACCUCUCCCUAUACAACAAAGCAUUCUGCUAGCAUUUCCUGCUGCUCUAUUACAUUGUCUGCCUACCUUUUAAGUCAUCUGAAAUAAUCACCUCUAAAUCCCUUUCCUCAUAUGUUGAGGUUAGGACUCUAUCAAAUAUUCUGUACUCUGCCUUUGGGUUUUUACAUCCAAGAUGCAUUAUCUUGCACUUAUCCACAUUAAGUGUCAGUUGCCACAAUUCUGACCAUUUUUCUAGUUUACCUAAAUCAUUUGCCAUUUGGCUUAUUCCUCCUGGAACAUCAACCCUGUUACAUAUCUUAGUAUCAUCAGCAAAAAGACAUACCUUACCAUCAAGACCUUCUGCAAUAUCACUAAUAAAAAUAUUAAAGAGAAUGGGUCCAAGUACAGAUCCCUGAGGUACCCCACUGGUGACAAGUCCAAGCUUCGAAUAUAUUCCAUUAACUACAACCCUCUGUUGCCUGUCACUCAGCCACUGCCUUACCCAUUCAACAAUAUUGGAAUCCAAACUUAAAGAUUGCAGUUUAUUGAUAAGCCUUCUAUGUGCAGAAUAAUAAUAUUUGAUGCAGAGUAAUUUGCUAGAUAGCCCGUGAGCUUACAAUAUAAAGGUUAUAAUGGGGAGAUGAGACAAGAGGAAUAUGGAGGUGAUGGCUGACAGAAUUAAUAGUAUAACUGCAAUAACUAGUAACAUGUGAAGGGAAUUAGGAGGUGAUUGACUGUGAUAUAGUUAGAACCAGGAUGGGCGGGUAGAUAUAUCCAGCGUGGCUGUGGAGUUGGUACACAAAACGGUCAACUACAAGUCAGAUCUCACUCUUCAGAUCUGAUCUAGUGUAGCUAAUUUUACCAAUCUCCGCAAUCACUAGACAUCAAGCUGUAGUAAAUUUCUGGACCCUGCUUCCUUUGUCUCAUUCCUGGUGAUGUUUAUAUGUAUUAUAAUAAUUUUCUUAUCCAUUACUUCCUGAAUUGUGUUUUCUAUCAAAUCCAAUGGUGGCAUGCGUUCCGGACAUUUAUAUCUUGGUGUAAAUAUAUACAUGGCUCAAUCUGUUAUCUGUCUUUUGUUGUAGGCCAAAGCAACAACUAUUAAAGAAGCAUUAGCCAAAUGGGUAAGUUGUAACGUUCCUGUAAAUAACCCUUCUUACUGCAGUGGCACCGAAUAGUCCAGACGGCCAACAAACCGAUGGCAUAUAAGGAAGUGGAAUUGCAUAUAAAAGACCAAAGGCAAUCUUGACCCUUUAAAUGCAUGUUGCAAGGAAAAACCUCAAUUUGUUGUGAAUGAAAUAUUGAUUAUAUACUGUCCAGCAAUGAGUAUUUUAAACUUUUAUAAAUAGAAUUAAACUAGAUAAUUCAAAAAAAUAAAAAAGACCACAUUAUGCCUUAGUAAUACAGAAGGUGUGGACGAGAGCAAUGAGGCUAGAUAUUUUGGACUUUCAGGCGAAUAAUAUAAAAAUGUUCUACUGGUAGGGUUCUAAGUGGAAAUGACUUUUGGAUUAGGAGGGCCCUGUGGUAGGGGAAGCUUUGCAGUGACAUUAUAUAUUUAUUUAUUUUUAGGAAGAAAAGACUGGACAGAAAGCAGCCGAAGCCAAAGAAGUCAAGUUAUACGCUCAGAUACCACCAAUCGAGAAGAUGGAUGCAUCCCUGUCCACUUUGGUGAACUGCGAGUAAGAGCCAUUCAUUUUUUUCUUUAAUGUAUUGCAAAAGCCAAAUUUACCGUAAAUAAUUUCUUAAAAUGUGGGGCUAUUAAUUUAUGUAUAUACAUUGAUAUUUUUGUCACCCAAACUGAAGAAGCAAAAAUGGGAUUGCAUGGUCUAGGACAGAGUUACACCAGAUGAUUCCGACUACAUAGCCUAUGAUGCUUUGCCAGCAUUAUGGCUGUAAGAUCAUUUUGGGAUACAUAGUUCACAUCUGGAGUGCUGAAGGUUGCCUACCCCUGUUCUAGGAGAAAGCAGAUGUUUAAUUGCAAAAUUGAUGAUCAGCAUCUGCUUAUCAACCAUCCGUAUGAUUAUGCGUUCUUAAAUUCUACCACUAGGCUUUUCUGAUUUAUUUUAAAGGGAUACUCCAUGCUCCAAUAACACUGCAGCUUAUUAUAUAUAUUAUAGUUUGUGCUAGGAAGCUAAUGUGUGCAGUCACCAAGGAAUUAAUGUUCCAUUUUAGACACAUGACAGUCUGGUCCCUAUAGACCCCUGUGCCAGCAUGAAAUGUCCUUCUUUGUUAAAAUGUGGCAGGGAGAUACAUCCCUGGUGUGAGAAUGAACGGGAUAUUAAAUUUUAACAUAGGGUCUUAAAAGAUUAGAUUGUUGUGAUGAUGUAGACAGUCAUUGUGCAAUAAGGGUUUUAAGGCACUUGUUUGGUUUUUUGUUUGUAAGAUUGCCAUGUGACCACCGAAGGGGGAUACGAUUUCUAUCUUCCAUUUGUACAGAUGCUUGAAGUUCUGCUGCUUUUUCUUGGAAACUUGCUUUUUGUUAUAAUGGAUGAUGGGGGACAAUAUUGUUUAGUAUUAUAUACCUUUUCAGAAGGCAUGUAACUAAUCUGAGGAUUGUUUUCUGUUAUCAGGAAGUUGUCCCUUUCCACAAACUGCAUAGAGAAAAUUGCAAACCUCAAUGGACUAAGUAAGUACCCAGCUCGGCCAAGUUAUAUGCCAUGUCCAAUCAUCAAUAUACUUAAUUUGAUAAAACCUAUUUCUUUUCAAUACUUGAUGACAAGAUUGUUAAAACAUAUUUUUGAGGAGACAUUUGUCGUUGAAGUAAUGUGCACUAUAUAGUAACUCACAUUGCAGAGCAGCAGAAAAUGACUGGAAAUGGCCUCAAUAAUCUACUGAUAUACCUCUGCUAGCUAAGCCAGAGGUACCAGCACACAUAAUAUAUAUCUAGAACUGUGAUCCUAGCAUGUGCAUUCGUAUUUUAUUAAUAGUUCCUUUUCAGAGUAAGUAUAAUACUUUAAAAAAGAGCAUCUCCUGCAGCCUUGAGUGUCCCUUACUGUAUAAAUUGUAUUUUUAUAUUGAUUUCAGUUUUUUUUAUGAAAAGUACAUUUUACCAUCACAUCUUAUUUCUUUCAGAAAAUCUUAGGAUCUUGUCUUUAGGGAGAAAUAACAUCAAGAAUUUGAACGGUUUGGUAAGUCUUUAUUUGCACAGUUGUGUACGUACAUACAUACAUACAUGUUCUAAAGUGAAUCUGUUAUGACUAGUAACUGCUCCUACCUACUGUGUGUGUAAUAUGUAUUCAUCAUUUUUUAUUUAUAUAUAAUUUUUAUAUAAUUUAUUUUUUUUAAAUAAAAAAAACUUUAGUAUUUAAUUACUUCACAUGCUGUUAAGUAAACACUUACCUCACUGCUGAACAGAGGACUCAUAGUCCGUCUCACUCCCAUCCACUACACUGACUUGCUUAGGGCUUUUUCCAUGAGCAGGGCAUUUCUCUUCUAUAGGGUUAGGAGUACAUGUUUGGGUUCCUGACCCUAAAGUGAUCCUUUAACACUGCUUGUGGGAAUUAGCUAGACAUAUACUUUUGUUACCAGUGGCUUUUUUAAAUUUUAUUUUUUGGCGCAGUGCAUGGUAUAAUAAGGAACAUCCCAUCAGGCCACAACAGCCUCAUGGGAUUAAUGAUUAACAGAGGAUAACACAUAGAUGGUAUACAUAUCUUCAUAGUUACAGUAACAUCAUGUGAUAUCUGCUAAUCUUCACUCUUCCAGUGGCUUUUUUAAUUUAACAUGUAUACACAUAUUCACUCUACACUUGUUUGUUUAAAGUCUGUGUGUCUUUAUUAUUUUUUUACUCAAAUCUGAUUUGAUAAAGUGAUUUUGUAUUAUUAUAUAAUAGCUUAUAUUGGUGGUAAUGUUUCUGAAGAGCCCUCUGGCGGGGCUUGCCAUCACAAGUUUUUUUUAUUUUUUAUUGAUGUUCUAAUUUGGGUUAAGCCAUAAAUGACUCACCCAACCCUUGUGAGAAUUACAGCAAGACAGGCGGUCUUGCAUCUAUAGUCCACCUAACAAAAAUGUAAUCAUAAUUUUUAAACUUUGUCAUCCAUAGUGCACACAGCUACAACAGCUCUGCCAGAUAAUGUUUUGGGUUAUCAUGAGAGCAGAGAUUUAUCAUUUAGAUUAUUCAGUAAACAUUGAACUGCACCACGUUAAAAUAACACAAGGCUACAAAAUCCAGUCUGUCUGUUGUUGAGAUGGAGAAUUUUAUCCAUGUCGUCUGUUUUAGCCCAGAUUUUAAUUCAGUAGAGUUAGGAGUUGCAUUUCUUCCAGAGCUUCUGUUGAGCAACGGAAUUUAAUCUUAUGGACUUUCAAAGCCCUUAUACUUUCAAAAUAGGGUAACACAAGUUCUAAGGUAGUUUGUAUAUGUUUAAAACUGUCACUGUGGAAACAGCUUUUUGUUUAUUACAAACAUGUCAUUACAUUGACACUGAGAUGAUGCAUUACAGCUCCUUUAGCAAUGGUGUUGCCUUUAGUAGCUCUGUUAGGUUAACAUUAGAACCUAACAGAUUAGGGGUGACAGACUAUUUAAAUCUGUGCUUUGGUUAGAGUAAACCUUUCUAAGAACAUGCCUCCCCAAAUAAAUAAAAAAUAUUGCUAAUAUUCACCACCUGGCAGUCUAUUCUCCUUGUAUGAUGUCACUCCCUUUUGCUGGAAGGGGAGGUUAAAAUCCCUUCAGCCACUUACCUUAAUCCAGCGCCAGGCUCCCUUGGCGCUGGUGACCUCUCCUACCUCGCCAAUAUCAGCUCCUGGGUGGAGCCGAAUGCGCAUGCGCGGCCAGAGGCGCGCGCACAUUCAAACCCACCUAUAGGAAAGCAUUACUCAAUGCUUUCCUAUUGGGAUUUUACUUGACGCUGGACUCCAUGAGGACGUCCAGCGUCAAAUAAUUGAUUUACUGUAAAUCGCGGAAGCUGCCUCAGGGAGACAUCCACUAGAGGCUGGAUUAACCCUGCAGUGUAAUCAUAGCAGUUUCUCUGAAACUGCUAUGUUUUCAGCUGCAGGGUUAAAAAUAGGAGGACCUGGAACCCAGACCACUUCAUUGAGCUGAAGUGGUCUGUGUGCCUAUAGUGGUCCUUUAAUAUGGAAGUGGGUAUUGGCACUAUAAUCAGUACAGCUCUUUGUAGUUGUUAUGACGCAUAGAACUGGGGGCAUUACCCCUUUAAAUGAAUUGUCCUUGCUACUGAUUACUAUAAAUUCUAGUUUAACUAGUAUUGGUCUAUUGGUCUAUUGGUGUAAUAUUCCAUUCAACUAUGGUUUGUGAAAAUGUCUAACGGACACCAUGGUUGCCUGGAUUUUAGGUUUUAUCUCUUGUAUAUUUUAAAGUAACUCUAACUCUAAACCGCUCAUCGUUGUCCACAUUUACUAAUAACUAAUCAAUCACCUAUCCCUCUCCAGGAAGCAGUUGGCGAUACUCUAGAAGAAUUAUGGAUCUCCUAUAAUCUGAUUGAAAAGUUAAAAGGGAUUAAUGUUAUGAAAAAGCUCAAAGUUCUCUACAUGUCAAACAACUCCGUCAAAGACUGGGGUAAGUAGACUCCCACCUUCCAACCCCAAAACUUCUCUGACCUGACUGAUGUAGUUCAUAUGUUUUUUCCUACAUGGCCAACUAUGCUGUUAUUGUGUAAUCGUUCAUAAUAUGGGUAACAAUAGAUUUAGAAUAUGUUUUGCACUUAUAAUCGAAUAAUAUUCUUUUGUUUGUUUUAUGAAGAUAAAUCAGUAGUCCUUACAGAAACACUCUUAAGGUUAAAAAAAAAAUAAUCAAUAUGUAUUAAUUAAAGGAACACUCCAACCACCAUACCCACUAUAGUGUGCUAGUGUGGUCAUAAUUCCUGGAGUGCACUGGCAUCCCAACACACUCCUUUCUUAACUGGGGUCCACCAGGUGCAGCUUCCCAUCUCCUAUCUGAAGCCAGGAGAGCUGGAACCGAUGCUUAGGAACUUCUAUUAUCCCUUCUGAGCUCAGUUUUGUGCCACCUUAUUGAUUAACUAAGAACGUUAACGGAUUACUCCUGAGCCAAUGACCACCGGACCUAUCUCAAUGUAUCCAUCUUCCCGCUAGAGAGGACGUGUGAAGCAGUGCCGGGCACAUCCCAGGUAAGAAGUCAAACUGUUAAGUUGUUUGGCGCUUUACACGGGAGGGCACCAGUGCACUCCUGGCACCAGAAACACUACUACACACUAUAGUAGUUAUGGUACUUGGAGUAUUUCUCUAACGUUUCAGCGUUCUUCACUGUGAUUAGAUAAAAACUAUAAAACUUUUCUAAUCCAGUUGGUCUCAUUGAGAAGCAUUGAAGACACAGCACACAGACAUAUUGACUAUUGUCCACCUAUACAAUGCUUCUCUACAAGAUGCAUUGAAUCCAGUUCUUUAUUGUGUGAAGCAUUAGUAGCGUUCCACAUCAUCCAUGCUAUAUGUGAUUACACUGAAUGUGAAGACCUAAAACAAAUACAUUUAAAAAAACAAAACUAAAAAGAUGUUAGUUUUUUUUUUUUUGCUUGUUUUAUUUAUCUUUGCAAAAUGAUAACAUACUUGAUACUAUAACGAAAUCAUGGAAUACUUAUGUUCAACAAAAUAUAAUAUCAAUUUUUAACUCCUCGAGGUAGCCACUUUUUACAGAUAUAACUGCCAAACACGCUUGUGGCAUGUGUUCCUACGUUGAAAUCUAAUGUUGUUCAGAGGUUCUUCCCAGUACUUAUGUAGAAAAUUGUUGCACUUACAGCUUGAUUCACUUUGACACUUUUGUGCAGCUCAUGCCAGAUUAGCGUGAUGUGGGUUGGAGAAUGGCCAUGCCAUGAUUCUGAAGCUCACCGCUUGUUCCUUUAGUAUGUUUUGGGUCUUUAUUGUAUUGCAGGAUAAACCCCUAACAAACAAAGCACAUACCAGAGUGUAUUUCAUGGUGGCGACCUAUGCUAUUGCAGUAUUUUUGGUUCAGGUUGUCUGCCAGUGUGUGCAAGUAGCAAACUUUGGGUGCAGCAAAAAAGCCCCAGCACAUUGUGCUUCCUCUUCCAUGUUUGACAGUUGAUGUCACACAAUGAGGAACCAUCAUUCCUUUUGUUUACUAGAUGCCUUAGAUUAACAAAAGAUUUCAAACUUUGAUUCAUAGUUCAUAAGACCUUCUUUCAGCCUUCAGCAGUCUACAACAGGUGGUGCUUAUUAGCCCAACAAAGCCACCUUUUCUUAAUUUGCCAUUUAUGCAGUGUUUUUCUACUGCCAUUCAGUGAGUAAAACCUAUAUUUCGAAGUCUUAUCUUAACAGUUGAACACGAGACUUGCAGUGUUAGGCUGUGGUUGAAGCUGCUGACUGAGAAACUUGUCUUCUGAUUCUGUUGUGGCUUUGGGUUUGCCAGACCUCUUCCUGUCACUUUCCAAGUGCCAUGUAAUAGUGACCCAGGAAAUUCAAAUCGAUCUUAAAGCGAUUUGAUUACUGACUCUGGGAGGGCACCACGGCACUCCUGGAAAUUACUUACACUUUGACAUACUUUCAAGGAUUAGAAUGGUCUGUCUUCCUUCUCUCGCUGUUUGGAUGCAGUACAGUACUGUCCAGAUAGUGAUUAAGAGGGUGUAGUAAUGCAGUCUGUUCCAGCACUAACCUUGAUACAGACAGAAGCUUAGAAUAUUGCAAAUGCUGGGACACGGAUAGGAAUUGUUAGUAUCAAAUUUCAAGGAUUAAUUUACCUUCAUUGCUGCAGAAUAGCUGUAAGGUGUUUACAAGGUUUUUGUUUGUAACCGUGCAUUGUACAUUAUAUUUCAGGUGUUUGGUAACCUAAACCAGUUUUUAUAAUCUUCACAACAUUUCAGGUUAUUAUUGCGUUUGAACUGCUUAAAUUUCAAUAGAACUGGAAAAAUGGAGGCGUUAACAAUAUCUUUGACAAUAUGAAUGCUUUAUCCUGGAUGUCACAAAGAGUCCCUAGAGGACAAGUGACUUACUGGUAUAUAAUGGCCAGCCCCCGAGCCCCGAGAAACUGCACUUGGAGCACUCACUACCAAAUGUCAGGGUCAUAAGUUUCAUUCAAUGAAUACUCCAUAUAUACAGUAGCCUGUUGUAGUGGUUAUGGUGGCAGGAUUGCGCCGACACCAUCGCACAAUAAGUUUGGCAAUCUACAUGGACGCCUGCGCUGCAGUAGAAUCCAGAUGUGUUUAUAGAAGAAAGCAAGGCUCAUCCAGGACUGCUCUCAUUGGCUAAGUGUAAGCUGAGCACGUCCCUGCUUGUAGAACGAACUAGAUUCUCCUGAAGGAGACAACAUGAAAUAGGUGCUGCCUGGUUGCACCCAGGUAAGUUGUCAGACUGUAUUAAAACUAACUACUUACUGUGGGGCAUGGCCAAGGAACCCCUGACACCAUAACCACUACAGGCCUUUGAUUUCUACAAAAUUUUGGCUGCAACCUCAAUCCAAUGUGCGUAAGCUCAGGAAACUAGUUUAGCCUAAGCAGUGUUUUACACACGUCUAAUCACAUGUUGUUGUGAGAAGGUGGGGAGUUCAUCAGCUAGAGGAGCAGUUUAGAUCUUUUAGUAUGGAUCAAUUUAGAUGAUGUAAAAUAAAUAACACUAGUAUCUCACUAGCCUGCUCUUUCAUAGAUUAUUAGGAGUUCGAGACAGACAGGAAGAUAUGCAUUACACCUUUUUCCAAUACUCUUUGUUUAAAGCGGACUUACAGCUUGUGCCUGCCGACCUGAAGCUAUACUCCCCUACGCUGACUGCCCACAUUUACAUUCUUGUGUUACACAAAGAGUUUUAAUGUGGAGGUUUGGGACUUAAGUGUGUGAGACUGGAGCUGUUGUGGGAGACAACAGGGGCUGUAACUGGUGGAGAAAGACUGCAGUUAAGGUUGGGUGUUUAGGGGCUAUAAUGUAGGGGAAUAGGUGCUGUAAUGGAAGUAGAGUGGCUGAAGGCAAAUUUUAAAUAAAAAUAAGUACAUUUAUUAAUUUAUACAUUUUGUAACUUCCCUGUUGGUAUCUGCUUGAAUCAAUGCACCUCUAUGUGGAUCGUUCAGCACCUCCAUUCAGAGCGUGGAGAUGCUAAAUAUAGGUGCUGCACACUGAUAGGAAGCACUUUAGUGGCCGUCUGAAUGACUGCCACUAGAGGGGUUACUAGAGAGCAAUGUAAUCACUGCAUUUUCUCUACACUACAUUGAAAAGCCUGCAGGGACUAACUAUCCUCACCAGAACGACUUCAUUAAGCUGUAGUGAUUCUGGUGACUAUAGUGUCCCUUUAAGAAUUGUAUUUUUGUCAUUGAAAAUUAAGCUUUGUUUAAUAAACUAAACAAAAACAACUGGCUCCUAGAUUCUAACUGGAAGCUCUUUACAGGAAGUUCCAGCAGAAGGACUCAGGAAAGUCAAAUAAUUUUUAAAGUGUUUUGAUUGCCAACUCUGGGAGGGCGCCAUGUCACUUCUGGCAAUAUUACCUCUACAACAGGCAGUAGGGGUUAACGUGCUAGAUGUUCCUUUAUACACAUGGAGAGUAAUACGUUAAUCUGUAGAUUUGCUGGAAAAAUGUUAUAUUAUUUGUGUUACUUCAAGCUCACUGUCAUGUUUUUGGGUGCCCCUUUUAAUGGCAUGCUUAGAGUACUCAGAGAUUUACAGCCUAACUGCACGUAAUGCAUUGACCUCUAACAUGCCUCUGUUGGUUCUAGCGGAGUUUGUGAAGCUGGCCGACCUGCCGUCACUGGAAGAUCUUGUAUUUAUGGGGAAUCCAUUAGAGGAGAAGCACACUGCAGAUGGCAACUGGCUGGAGGAGGCUACAAAACGUCUUCCAAAACUGAAGAAACUUGAUGGUGAGUUUGAAAUUCUGCAUCUCAAUUAUAGUAACUGUGAAUGGCUUGUUUCGAAACCAAAAAGGAGGAAGGAAAAUACCCUCCUAUAGAGCAGAAACACUUCAAACCCCAUAACUACUAUAGCGUGCUGUAGUGGUUAUGGUGCCAGGAGUGCUCUGGCACCCUCAUUAAGCAAGUAGUCAAACCAUUUUAGAACUGUCUCCCUACCUUCACUACAGCAGUCAGAGAGCCAGCAGCUCUCUUCAUUGAGGUUAACCCAGCGGUACAGGGGUCAGCUGCCACUGUCAGCAAAUGUGCUUGUGCUGCUCUCCAGGGCUUGGCUCAGGAAAACAGAAGCUCCUGAGCAAGAGCUUCUAGCUAGCUCAUAGUAAGCUGUAGUGGAGGCGCGGAGCAGUGCCUGGCACAAUCCAGGUAAGGAAUCAAUUCAUUGUUAAACGGUUUGCUUUACAAUGGGGGGACACCAAGGCACUCCUUGCACCAUAUCCACUGCUGCAUGCUGUAGUAGUUAUUGUGCUUGGAGUGUUCCUUUAAAGGGAAACUUAUGCUAGGAAUACAAUGUUGUAUCCCUAACACCAUUGUAUCCUCUGCCCCGCAUGUCCCUCGGCGCUGGGACAGGCUCUAUCUCUGCCCGCAGGGGCGAUCUAAUGCGAAUGCGUGGUGAGCACCGCAGUCGCAUUAGAACUUCUCUAUAGAAACCACUGAUUCAAUGCUUUCCUAUGGGGUUUUAGGUGACGCUGGGUGUCCUCAUGCAAAGUGGGAGGACGUCCAGCGUUCUUUAGCAGACUAAAAGUCCACUAAGAACCUGAAAGUGCCGCUAGUGGUUGGCUGGUAGACAGCCAGUAGAGGUGGAGUUAACCCUGCAAGGUAGUUACUGCAGUUUCUCAAAAACUGCAAUAAUUACAAAUGCAGGGUUAAAAUGACAGGAGCAUUGCACCCAGACCGCUUCAAUGGGCUGGAGUGGUCUGGGUGCCUAUAGUGUUCCUCUAACGUUUAUUUGUAGUUUUAGUAAGAGUUUUACAAUGAAUUUUGAAAAAGAAAGUAUAUACAAAAAUGAACUAAUCCUAAACCCGUGUCAGAAUGUUUUGGUGUCUCAUUAAUUGAAAGUGUGCAGCAAGUAAUUAUGGAUACAUAAUCUCAGACAGUAGCAGUAGAAGGAGUUUACUAACUUAUUUUCUUAUUACUCUUCUAGCAGCCAUGUUACAUUUAAAGGGUUACACCAAUAUUUUUAAAUGUGAUUGGACCAAUCUCCAUACUCAGAUUGCACGUACGCACUCUGUACCAAGGAUGUAGGGAGAGGAGAUUUUUUGGAGGGCAGGUACGGCUCAGAGCAGUGCAUGUUGACAACAGAUAUAUAUUUAUUUUUCCUAGAUUUUACAGUUCUGGGCUGCCUGAGUCACGUUUGCCAGGGGUGUAACUAGCAAUAGCACAAAAGUGCAUAUUUCUCUGUAUGUUUAACGUUUCAAGAAAAAAACCUGGACAUACAGAUUCUUUGCUCCAUAACCAUUUCUAAAAGCAGAACUGGUUACAGAAUCUGGGGUAGCCCUUUAAAUUAUUGUCUAUUCCUUUUACAAAGCAGUGUAUGAUAACUUUUCAUGGCACUUCGGUAUAGGUCCCCUUUCUAGAGAUAAAUUACUGAGCUCUUGAAAGGUAAUAAACUUCCUAAUUGUUCAAUUUAAGAUAACAUACUUGUAUCCGGUGGGUUGCUGCUAAACCGUAGAACUAUUAUUGGAAAUCUAAGGCUAAAGGUAACCUAACUUUAGGAAUCAGUCUUGUGUGAAGGGUUGCUGGCAAGUGCUCAUUUCCCAUCACACUGAUGGAUUUGUUUUCUGCGUGUAGGCCAGGGGUAUCCAACCUUUAGCACUCCAGAUGUUGUGGACUACAUCUCCCCUGCUGCUCUGCCAGCUUUGAGGCUGUAAGAGCAUUAUCGAAGACUUAUUACCUUGUCUAUAAUAUAAAUAAAUUGCAUAGCCUAGACUAGGGCCCUCGGCACUCCAGAUGUUGAGGACUACUUCUCCCAAAAAAUCGCUUACAGCUAUAAUACUGGCAGAGCAUCAGAGGGAUGCAGUCCUCAACAUCUGGAGUGGCAGGCAUCCUUAAUAAGAGACUGGGUCCUAAAGUUACAGAUAAAGUGGACAGAUUUUGUUGUAGCAGAGAUAUAUUGAAACAAGGUAGUAAUCUAUUGCUACGUUUGGUUAUCCUUAGCCAUUGGAUAACUACAAUUAGUUGCUAUACACUUGCAGGUAAAGAUAUACGAAGCACCAAAACGUUCGCUUUAAACACAACUGUCACCUCAAAACUAUUUUAUUUAUAUAAAAAUCCUUUCAUGAAUUUUCAAACAAUAUUUUUUUUUUUAUAAUGGAGUAUUUGUAAAAAAAUAAAUAAAAAUUGAGAAACUCAUCCCAAUGUUUAGUAUGUGACUGGAUCCUUUAGCCAUAGACAGGCACGUUGGGUCUGACAGUGUCUGAAAAAUGAGUCACUAUGGUCUUUCCGGCUUCUGUGCAGGGAGAGACUGUUGCUUUUCAAACACUGUCUGGACCCAAGUUUCAUGUAUAUGGCUGAAAAAUGCUUCUGUAUACUAAAAUAGAGUUUUUCUCUCUUUUUUUUUUUUUCUUUCUUCCCAAUAUACUUUAUUGAAAGAGACACUAUAGCCACCAGAACAAUACAGCUUAUUGAAUUUGUUCUGGUGAGUAGAAAUAUCACCUUCAUGCCUUUUCCUGUAAACACUGUAUUUUCAGAGAAAAUGCAGUGUUUACAUUACAACCUAGUGAUAACUUCACUGGCCUCUCCUCAGAUGGCUGUUAGAGAUCCUUCCUGGGUCAUGGCUGCCUAAAAUGCAUCCAAACAUUCAAUAUCUCCACCCUCUGCAUGCAGACACUGAACUUUCCUCAUAGAGAUUCAUUGAUACAAUUCAUCUCUAUGAGUCGAUGCUGAUUGGCCAGGGCUGUGUUUGAAUCAUGCUGGCUCUGCCCCUGAUCUGCCUCCUUGUCAAUCUAAGAAAAUCCUAUGGAGAAGAAUUGUGAUUGGAUCAGGCCACCACUUCUGAUGAUGUUUUUCUGAGGCAAACAGCAUGCAGAUCUGUAGAUUCAGGCUUGAAUACAGUAAGAUGUUGAUAUUUUUAUGGAGGCAUGAGGAGCCCAGGGGUGCUAGAUGUUGGUUUUAAACACUAUAGGGUUAGGAAUACAAGUUUGUGUUCCUGACCCUAUAGUGAUCCUUAAAAAAAAAUCAAAAAAAAAAUCUAUUCCCUCUAAAGAUUUGACUAAAGGAUUAUUAUAUUAAAAUUGUUUUAAGGUUGUUUAAUCUUCUAGGUUCUUGGUGUAAAGAUCAAGCACUGUUAAAUGCUGCCAUUUAGGAGUUAAAUCACUGCUUACAGAGCCAAAGCUACACCUACCUUGGCUGAAACUCACACAACCUCCUGAAAAACUCAUUGUUGUGUUUAAUUUCUUAUCUCCUGCUCAGUUAAUGGCCUGCAGGAUCAUCCUGUAUGUUAUUAAAGUUUAAUUAAUAGAGCAGGAGAUAGGAACUUCUAAAUAAAAUAUACUGUGCUGUAAGAACUGAGAAGACUGUGAGCCACAGCCAAUGUAGGAGCGGUAAGGGCUGCAUAAAUAGAAAAAAAAAUUUAACUCCUAAAUAGCAGAGGUUUAAGCAGCAAAACUGCAGGUGCAUGAUUGUACACCAAAACUGCUUUAUUAAGCUAAAGUUGUUUUGGUGCUUAUACGAUCCAUAUAGGCAAAAGGACACUUUGUGCCUUCAUUAUACAAAUAGAAUCUGAUUCCAAUUUCUGCUGGUCAAUGCCUAAUUUGGGAAAUCUUGAGCUCUGAUGUAGAGUACAUGUGACCCAUAUAGUACCCUCUAGGCUUAGUAAACAGCAGCCCUCCUAGAGCCAUGUGUUGUGUUAAAGGAACACUCCAAGAACCAUAACCACUACUGUUCACUGUAGUGAUUAUGGUGCCAUUGGCAACUUGGCACCCCUAUUGUUACUAGCCAAACAGUGUGGCUUCUUACCUGGGGUCCAGCGGGCACCUCUCCCCUCCUCUAUUCCCACGAAGAGCCUGAUACUGCUAAGCAGGAGUUUCCAUUAGUUUUCCUGAGCUAAGCUGUGCAGUGCAGAGCUCUGCAGGGCUUAGCUCAGACUGACAGUUUUCAGAAGUGAAUGCAGCAGACCUCAGGUAUAAAGUCAAACCAUUAUAAAACCAUUUGACUACUUACAAGAGGGGUGUGUUAUCUUGUUUGGAGUAUUCAUCUAAAGCCGAUCUGUCACUUUCAAGGGUCUUUGCAUAUUUUUCAAAGACCCCUGGAAAGACAAAUUGCUUGUUGGUCCAGUGGCGCAGGGUGUAGGGGAUCUAGGUUUUUUGUUUUUUUACUUGCCUCUAGUUGUCACUUAAGGCUGUCCUCAUCUGCCUCCUGCUGUCUCUCUUUGGCUAUUGGCACUUCAUUUGCCAGGAGCCAUAAAGGUACAACACAGGUCUGCAAAAGGAUUUCACGAGGGCCUCCACAAACAAAGCCUGAAUACCACAGUCAUCACUUGUGACAACUGCAGGGAUUUGACAAAAGUUGAAAGAGCAGAGCUUUGCCUUUUGUGAACCCUAGGCUUGUGCAUAAGACAAAAUAGUCCUUAUGGAACUUCAUAGUAUUGAUUAGUAUUUCAUAAAGAAUAUAGCUUUAUGAAUUACUGAAAAGUGACAGAUCUGCUUUAAAUUAUUUUAGUUAUUUUCUAUUGCCAGCAAGUUGGUUUAAGAUCUGUAUAACUCACCAUGUUACAAAUCUGCUGUUGGACUUUUUAAAGGGAUACUAAAGUCACCUGAACAACUACAGCUUAUUGUAUGUGUUCUGGCGAGUUUAAAUAUUUCUUUCAGAGAAAAUGCAGUAUUUAAAGUCUAGGGCAGUGAUGGCUAACCUUGACAUCAUAAAUUCUUUCUGGACUACAUUUCCCAUGAACCUCAGCUAGCUUUUAGAGUCUAAAAGCUAGCUGAGCAUCAUGGAAAAUGUAGUCCAGAAACAAUUUAUGGUGUCAAGGUUAGUCAUCACUAGGGGUAACUCCACUGGCCACUCCUCAGGUGGCUACUAGAGGUGUUUCUAGGGGCAGUGCUGCAAUUCAGUGUCUCCACCCUCUGUAUGGAGACACUGAACUUUCCUCAGAGAUGCAUUGAUUCAAUUUAUCUCUAUGAGGAGAUGCUAAUUGGCCAGGGUUGUGUUUGACCUGUGCUGGCUUUGCCCCGAUCUGCCUCCUUGACAGUCUCAGAUAAUCUAAUGGAAAAGCAUUGUGAUUGGCUCAUAGAAUCACUUCUGGUAAUGUCAGCAAAGCAUGCAGAUCAGGGGCCGAGUCAGCAGCAGCAGACUGGAAUAAAAGUAAGAUUUUACUAUAUGUAGGGGGCUAGAUGUUAACACUAUAGGGUCAGGAAUACAUGUUUGUGUUCCUGACCCUGUAGUGUUUCUUUAAACUAAAUAUCGACAUAAAUGUUGCAGAAUCCAUAAUUUUUUUUAAUCUAUUUUCAGGAAAUCCAGUCAUUAAACAAGAGGAAGAAGAGGGAGAUGGAGAUGCGUAAUAUUUUUGUAUACUUUUAAGUUAUUUCGAUAUCUAUAGAAAAGACUGUCACUUUUUAUAAAUGUUGUUUGUACAUAUAAAGUUUUUUGCAUUUCCCUAAAAGUAUUUUUAUGAAACAUCAUAAUAAUCAUAAAUGUAUUAUAUAAAGUGAAUUAAGUCAGCACAAGACAUUGGAGGGAGAACCUUUUAAAAAAAAUUGUAAUGACUUCUCAGGGCUAAUUGUCAGAGACAUGCUUAUUUGCCAAGUUGUGACAACUAGUCCUCUGGUUUCUGUCUCUGUUCAUAAAUGGCAACUAUACAUUUACGAUAUCAGAUCAAGGGGACAGCUAAAAUGAUAUUUUAAAGAACAUUUAGCAAUACCUUACAUAUAAAACACGGUAAUUUUGAAAUAGAAUAAGUUACUACAUAUCCCCCCCCCCAAUGAAAAAUGAAAUCUUAACUUAGUGGUUUAACCAGAUUUAUAAGAAUAUAUUCAGACUGGGCAUUUGGCAAAUUGAAAAUCAUGCUGCCAUGGUUUGGUAAUUUAAUAGUAAAUUUCUAAAUAUUUAUCUUCCCCAGACCCUAGCUGUCCAGUUUGUAAAGUUUGAAAAUGGUACUUACUGAUCUAUUUCACCCAAGAAUCAGGAGAUCUUUGGUCUCAUAACAUUCAGUGGUGUUGGGUAAUUUCUAAUCUGAUGACACCAACUAACCAGUGUAGUUGGAGCAGGGCAGUAAUAUAAAAGAAGCACUACAUUUAAGGACAGGAUCCAGUGGAUCAAAGGACUUGUCAUUCUCUUUUGGAAGUGACUUUAAGCCAUGACAGGCUGGUGAAAAUAUUAAAAGGAUACUAUAGUCACCUGAACAACUUUAGCUUAAUGAAGCAGUUUUGGUGUAUAUAACAUGCCCCUGCAGCCUCACUGCUCAAUCCUCUGCCAUUUAGGAGUUAAAUCCCUUUGUUUAUGAACCCUAGUCACACCUCCCUGCAUGUGACUUGCACAGCCUUCCAUAAACACUUCCUGUAAAGAGAGCCCUAUUUAGGCUUUCUUUAUUGCAAGUUCUGUUUAAUUAAGAUUUUCUUAUCCCCUGCUAUGUUAAUAGCUUGCUAGACCCUGCAAGAGCCUUCUGUAUGUGAUUAAAGUUCAAUUUAGAGAUUGAGAUACAAUUAUUUAAGGUAAACUACAUCUGUUUUGAAGUGAAACCAGUUUUUUUUUUCAUGUAGGCUCUGUCAGUCAUAGCCAGGGGAGGUGUGGCUAGGGCUACAUAAACAGAAACAAAGUGAUUUAACUCCUAAAUGGCAGUGAAUUGAGCAGUGAAAUUGCAGGGGAAUGAUCUAUACACUAAAACUGCUUUAUUUAAACUUAUUUAAUCAUGAUGAGUUCAGAGACUGUAUAUCCCAUGCCCUGUAUAGCACAGAUAACCAAGCACAAAAAGGUUAGAUGCACAUUCCUAAGUCUGUUCACACAAAGUCAGCUUUCAGAUAAUUAAAGGGAACCGCUACGCUCCAUAACCACUACAGCCAAUGGUUAUGGUUCCAGCAAGCCAUUUCCCCUGUUCUGUGUGUAACAUUUUGUGAUUUGACACAAACGGAAUGUCCCCUAUAAACCUGCAGCCCAGCCCCGCAAUCAGCAUGUGGAAGUUACUUAACAUUAGUAGUAUCCUUUCAUCUAGAUUUGGAUGGCAUCCAUUGGCGUAGCAUGUCAGAAGAAAUACUCUGCAAAUGCAUGCUCUCUAAACUUGGGUGAGCGUCUUCACUGACGUGUUCACAACCUCAGGUUUGAGUCAGAUCGUUUGUAGCAAAACUGGGGGGUAGCUACAUGGAAAUGCUGGCACCAUAACCACUGCAGUGAUCUGUAGUGGUUAUAGUACCUAACCUGCCCAUUUUAAGGUGCAGCCUUACCACUACAGGUAUCACAGCCUCCUUGGCAUUUAGCCAAUGGUCCCACCAUUCUUGUCAAGAAAUAUUGUUCAUAGUAAAUAAA